CAUGCGCUGAAGCGUGGGAAAUUCUUUGGAUUUCUCAGCACUGUCCUGCAGACCCUUAAAUCCUUCCAUUUUCUAUUACACUGUCGCCGUGGAACAAGGUUCGCUAAGUUUGAUGUGUAUUUCGUUCGUUUCAUCAUGAUUUGUCGAUUCUGAUCGUCUGCCUGCUAUUAAUGUGAUUUCAAGUUUAUUAGAGCUUGGACAUCUGUUAGUAAUAACCAGUCCUUCCAUUUUCUAUUACACUGUCGCCAUGGAACAAGGUUUGCUAAGUUUGAUGUGCAUUUCGUUCGUUUCGUCGUGACUUGUCAAUUCUGAUCGUCUGCCUGCUGUUAAUGUGAUUUCAAGUUUAUUAGAGAAAUGCCAGUUGCGUCCGACGUAAAGUCAAGCUGGGCCGAUGAGGUCGAAGAGGAGGGAGGAGCGCUGCCCGCACCGUCAGAGAUCUACGAGAAUGGCCACAAAAUACUCACAGAAUACAAAUAUAAUCAGGACAACAAGAAGGUGAAAGUAAUACGUACUUUCAAGGUGGAACGUCGCGUAGUAUCAAAGACGAUCGCAGCGCGUAAGAAUUGGGCCAAGUUCGGCGAUCCCGCCGACGACAGGCCGGGACCUAAUCCAGCAACGACCGUUAUCGGCGAAGAUGUAUUUAUGCAGUUUAUCUCCAGCAAAGAGGAGGAGAACAAGGUGGAGGAGGACUCCUUGGACAAAUUGAAGAGCAUGGGCGACAAAGGCGUCGUCAAGUGUCGUAAUUGCAACGGCGAUCAUUGGACAUCCAAGUGUCCGUACAAGGACACCGUUCUCGCUGGAGGGAAAGUACCCGACGACAAGAAGCCGCUCGUUAACACGGCCGUACCGGGUGCGAUGGCUGAACUUAAACCGCAAGGUGGCAAGUACGUGCCGCCCGGUAUGCGCGACGGCGGCAACAAACGAGGUGACUCUAUGCAGAUGCAGCGACGAGACGACACGACAGCCAUCCGCAUCUCCAACCUCUCGCAGAGCACCACUGAUGCGGAUUUAGACGAACUCGUCAAGCCCUUCGGAUCUGUGGUGAAGCAAUUCUUAGCAAAAGAAAAGCUUUCCAACCUCUGCAAAGGCUUUGCUUACGUCCAUUUUAAACAUAGAGCUGAUGCUGCGAGAGCGAUUACUACUCUAGACGGCUAUGGAUAUGACUAUCUUAUUUUGAACGUAGAAUGGUCAAAACCGCAAGUUCAAAAUAAUUGAGAUUGCGUAAAGGGAGGGGGAAAUCCAUUUAUUUAUUGUUAUUUGUUAUAAUUAAAUUUAUUUCACACAGCUA